GAGGAGUGGGGUGAUGCCGGGGCGGGAAGGAGGGGAGAGCCCAGGAGGCCUGGCAGUGCCCGCCCAACCCUACCCAGCCUCCGCGGGCCCCUGGCGCGGGCAUCCGUGACAAGGCUGCCCGCGGGGCCCACCUGCAGGGAUGACAGCGCCUGAGGGGCCCACUGGGGCUCACCUCCCGGAAGACCCCAGCGGUCGGAGUCCCUGGGGUGACUCUGCCGGCAGGGCCCUGCCGAUUCGGGAUCACACGGCGAAGAGGCGCUCCCGCCUGGAGGCCAAGUCACCAUCAUCUUUCUCCUGGACCACUGCACUAGACUUCUGACAGGUCACCCAACUUCUAGUCUUGUUCCUCUACAGUCUGUUCUCUACACAGGAUAUCAUGAUAACACAUUUUGAACCUUCAAUCUCCUUUGAGGGCCUUUGCAGUGAGGUUCGAGACAUGUGUUCUUUUGACAACGAACAGCUUUUUACCAUGAAAUGGAUAGAUGAGGAAGGAGACCCAUGUACAGUAUCAUCUCAGUUGGAGUUAGAAGAAGCCUUUAGACUUUAUGAGCUAAACAAGGAUUCUGAACUCUUGAUUCAUGUCUUCCCCUGUGUACCAGAACGUCCUGGAAUGCCCUGUCCAGGAGAAGAUAAAUCCAUCUACCGUAGAGGUGCACGCCGCUGGAGAAAGCUUUACUGUGCAAAUGGCCACACUUUUCAAGCCAAGCGUUUUAACAGGCGCGCCCACUGUGCUAUCUGCACCGACCGAAUAUGGGGACUUGGACGCCAGGGAUAUAAGUGCAUCAACUGCAAACUCCUGGUUCAUAAGAAGUGCCACAAACUUGUCACAAUUGAAUGUGGGCGGCAUUCUAUGCCACCGGAACCAAUGAUGUCCAUGGAUCAGUCAUCCAUGCAUUCGGACCAUACACAGACAGUAAUUCCAUAUAAUCCUUCAAGUCAUGAGAGUUUGGACCAAGUUGGUGAAGAAAAGGAGUGUUCUCAACAGGCAAUGAACACCAGAGAAAGCGGCAAAGCGUCAUCCAGUUUAGGUCUUCAGGAUUUUGAUUUGCUUCGGGUAAUAGGCAGAGGAAGUUAUGCCAAAGUAUUACUGGUGCGAUUAAAAAAAACAGAUCGUAUUUAUGCAAUGAAAGUUGUGAAAAAAGAGCUAGUCAAUGAUGAUGAGGAUAUUGAUUGGGUGCAGACAGAGAAGCAUGUUUUUGAGCAGGCAUCCAAUCAUCCUUUUCUGGUUGGGCUGCAUUCUUGCUUUCAGACAGAAAGCAGAUUGUUCUUUGUCAUAGAGUAUGUAAAUGGAGGAGAUCUAAUGUUUCAUAUGCAGCGACAAAGAAAACUUCCUGAAGAACAUGCCAGAUUUUACUCUGCAGAAAUCAGUCUAGCAUUAAAUUAUCUUCAUGAACGAGGGAUAAUUUAUAGAGAUUUGAAGUUGGACAAUGUAUUGCUGGACUCAGAAGGACAUAUUAAACUCACUGACUACGGCAUGUGUAAGGAAGGCUUACGGCCCGGAGAUACAACCAGCACUUUUUGCGGUACUCCCAAUUACAUUGCUCCUGAAAUUUUAAGAGGAGAAGACUAUGGUUUCAGUGUCGACUGGUGGGCUCUUGGAGUACUGAUGUUUGAGAUGAUGGCAGGAAGGUCUCCAUUCGAUAUUGUUGGAAGCUCUGAUAACCCUGAUCAAAACACAGAGGAUUAUCUCUUCCAAGUUAUUUUGGAAAAACAAAUUCGCAUACCACGUUCUCUGUCUGUAAAAGCUGCAAGUGUCCUGAAGAGUUUUCUCAACAAGGACCCAAAGGAGCGACUGGGUUGUCACCCUCAGACAGGAUUUGCUGAUAUUCAGGGACACCCGUUCUUCCGAAAUGUUGAUUGGGAUAUGAUGGAGCAAAAGCAGGUGGUACCUCCCUUUAAACCAAAUAUUUCUGGGGAAUUUGGUUUGGACAACUUCGAUUCUCAGUUUACUAACGAACCUGUCCAGCUCACUCCAGAUGAUGAUGACAUUGUGAGGAAGAUUGAUCAGUCUGAAUUUGAAGGUUUUGAGUACAUCAAUCCUCUUUUGAUGUCUGCAGAAGAAUGUGUCUGAUCCUCAUUUUCCAACUAUGCAUUUCGCUUGUGUUGCCAUUUACUGCAUGAAUAAACUCGUUGCCAGCCUGGAUACAGUGAACCAUUUUCUAUUUCUUACCUACAGAAAAAGCAUUCAAUACCUUCUGUUGUUGACUGUAAGAGUCAGUUAUUACAUCUAACUGUGAAAAAAGAAAAUGAAACUAGUUUCCAGACGGCCGUGUCAACAUUUAGUUACACUGGUGAUCCAGCAGCCUACCGAUGAGGAGUGAGGUUGUCCUUUUUGUUAAAGGAUGUACUUAACCACCGCUUUCAAGGCACGUGGUGGGAUUAUGUCCUAAGCCUCCCGUGAUUUUUGUCAUUCUUCAUUUAGUCCUUAAAGUUUUUAAUUUUGGAAUAGAAGAGUAAUUCAAAAUACAACUUAUUGUAUUACCUAUUACUUUCUCAGUUCUUUGUGUUUAAAUAUUCAGCUGUAAAUUUCAUUGCCUUGGAUAAUUAAGUUAUUGAUUUUUAAGGCAACAGAUAUUAAAUUGGUAAUAAAGGAUGUCACUUGCUUAGAAUUAGGAAAUACAAGUUCUCCUUGAGGAAAAAAAGCGGGCACAUUUUAUUAAGUAUCAGAUUCAAAUCAUUAGCUGUUUUUGAAAAACUGAUGACAGUAAUUUCUUAGUAUAGGGGUGUCAGCUCCUGACCUAUCCCUUCAGCCAUAAUUCUAACUGGACUGUUGAUAACUGUCAUUCAGAGAACCCAGGAUGCAUUUGAAUGGAGCAUUUCUCAGCAUAUAGAAAGGAAAAAAUAUAGAAAUUUAAAAAAAUUUUAACUAAAAAAAAAAACCAAAA